AUGUUCCUUCUGCUGACAGCACUUCAGGUCUUGGCUGUAGGCCUGGCAAGGAGCCAAGGGGAUGACAACAAGAUCAUCGGUGGCUACACGUGCAUCCAGAACUCGCAGCCAUGGCAGGCCGCGCUGCUGGCCGGUGCCGGGCGCCGCUUUUUCUGUGGAGGGAUCCUGUUGUCUGACCGCUGGGUCAUCACUGCCGCGCACUGUGCCCGCCCGAUCCUUCAGGUGUCCCUGGGCAAGCACAACCUGAGGAGGGGGGAGGCUACCCAGCAGGUGCUGCGCGUGACGCGCCAGGUGCCACACCCUGGCUACCGCUCCCGGACCCACGAGAAUGACCUGAUGCUGCUGAGGCUGGAGAAGCCCGCACGGCUCGGGAGGGCAGUGAGGCCCAUCCCCGUGGCCCAGUCCUGCGCCAGCCCUGGGACUUCCUGCCGUGUGUCAGGCUGGGGCACCACCUCCAGCCCCGAGGUCAGGUACCCCACGGUGCUGCAGUGCGUGAACGUGGGCAUCUCCUCAGACCAGCAGUGCCGGAAGGCCUAUCCCGGAGCCAUCACCUCGGGCAUGGUGUGUGCCGGGGUCCCCCAGGGCGGGAAGGACUCCUGCCAGGGUGACUCUGGGGGACCCCUGGUAUGUGGAGAGCAGCUCCAGGGCCUCGUGUCCUGGGGGAUGGAGCACUGCGGCCGGCCCGGGUACCCAGGUGUCUACACCAACCUCUGCAAGUACCAAAACUGGAUCCGGGAAACAAUUCGGGGCGGUUGA